AUGGCCCCAGUCAAUGAUACCGGGAGCGGACGUUCAGAGGGUGCACAGAGGUCUCUCAAUGAGCGCAACCCCGAAUGCAUUGACCUACGCUAUCGGAGAGGGCAUUUGGGCGAGACGGUGACCAGCCCGCCCCCGGUGGUCUGCACGACUGACCCGCCCACCCCUCAUGUUCGAGGCACCAUACCGGUCACAAACCUGGGUUUGAAGCAAAAGCAAGGGCCAUCUUUGGCCAUGCGUCGAGCUCAUGGCCGCCGAAUCGGCUUCAGUUAUGAGGUACCAGUGUUGAUUGCUCCCAAGGAGGAUGAGGAUGUCAGAGGGACUAUGACACAGUUUUUAGAGCAUGUCAAAAAUAGGCACAAUAGAUUGCUCCCCUCUCAGCACCCUCGGAUGACGACCACGUAUAUUUUUCGACCUUGGAUGCCGCCAAUCUGGCUCCGAGAUACGUCCACGUGGGCUACAGAAAUUGACCAUGAUGUACCGCCCAUGCCUGGAGUACCCCAACUUAAACGACUCGCUCAAGCUGUCAUUCACUUCGAUCAGGCUUUGGAGAUCUCAAUGCCUUAUCAGCGCGACGUAACAAACCGGCGGAGGAUGAAGGGAAACUGGAGGGACAGUCCUGGAUUAGCGAACAAAUCUCGUUCGGAGGCUAUUGCUGCGAUUGAGGAUGCACCAAAUGCGACACAACUUGGACUCAUGCUGCAUGGGACAGAUUCCCAGUUCUAUCAAUGGUGUUUCAGUGGUAUAGCUGGCGGCAUUGAGGUCUGCAAUCCCAGGGAGAUCACUGUGGCCGAGGAUGCCGUCCAAUGGGUCGACUUUGUUCUCUCCUUCGUCCAGGGUUCUCUGGCAUGCCGGAGUCGGGAUAAUCUAGAGAGAUUUCCUCCCAACCACGAGGGACUUGCGCAUUUCUUGUCUGGAAAGUGUCCGCCGGCUGGUGCCACCGUUUUACCUGCAUCAAGAAGACGGUACGACUCGGAAAGACGGUAG